UACUACAAACAAUAUUCUCUUGGUUCUGCUGAUUUUGAACAUGAAUUUGAGAUGCUUACAGGACAGCCAGAUGGAGAUGUUCAGAAGGCUUAUCAAAAACUAAUACAGGAGUAAUGAGAGAUCAAGAGAUGAAAGAGAGGGAGAUUUGGAAGUCAUCUGCAUAUAGAUCACUGAAACUCUGACAAUUGAUGAACUCACCAAGGAAAGGGAGUGUAAAGACAGGACCUUAGACAGCCCUUGGGGACAUCCAUGGUAUUAGAAUGGGUCAUGGAUAAUACACAAAUGAAACUUGGAAGGAACAGUUAUAUCAGUAGACAAAUCGGGAGAAAACAGUAUCAGGAAAACCCAGGAAAGAACAUAUGGCAAGCUAAUUCAAGUGCUUCAGGUCAAUGCAGAAUAAAAACCAAGAAAAAACUAUUGCAUUUUGCAAUUAAGAAAUUGUAACCUGGGAGAUUGCCAUUUCCAUAUAGUAGUGGAUCAAACUGAGAUUGCCGAGGAUUGAGAAGUGAAUGGGAAAUUUUGGAAGUGGAAACAGGGAAUAUAAAAUGAUAGUUUGAUGUUAAAGUCAACUGAAGGAUUUUUAAAGAUAGGGAAAAGCUGAGUAUGUUUGUAGAUACUAAGGAAGAAAAGAUUACAAAUGAAAGAAAGGUGUGAGGGAUGAUGAAUGGAUGAAACUACCAGUGGAGAGAGAAAGGAGUGGAAUCAAGAAAAGGUGUAGAGCUCGUGACUUUGGUGAGGAGAAAAGCAGAGAUGGAGUAAAGGAGGGAAUUUUGCAGAGAUUUUUGAGUCGUAGAUGAGAGGAACACACCACAUGGGGAAACAGCCUCUGCUUUUUUAAGUAAAGUAGGAAAUGUAGAGUUCUCUCCUGAUAGGAAUGGGGGGGGGGGGGAAUGGUAAAGAACAAACACCUAAGAAAGAAGAGAAAAUCUGGAACAGUUGAUGUGAAGAGUGUAUUAAGAGAUUAGUGAAGAAAGAAGGAUGGUGAGCACCCAGGUAAAGAUAUAAUGUGGUCUGAUGUGUUUAGUGGAUGAAGCUGACAGGAAUCAUUUUCUGAGCUGAAAUCCUUUCAAAAACAUAAACGCCAGACUUGAACGUUCGAAGGAAGCCAAAGCCAUUUCAAAAGCAAAGUCCUUCUGGAUCAUUCCCCACGUUUUACCGCCCCACCCAACUUAAGUAAAAUAAGACAUUUCACACCAGACAUACUAUGGCAAGCAAGAGGAAAUCAACAACCCCAUGUAUGGUCCGCGCAUCCCAGGUAGUGGAACAGGAGGUCCCCGAGGAUGUCGACAGGGGCAAAGAUAAAGAGGUCGGAGCUCCCCAGCCUGACUCUGGUAAGGAGGGCUGGACCGCAGAGCCCGAAAACUCUUCCAAAGAAAGUGAGCUGAUGGAGGUGAAGUCGGCAGCGGAGAGCCAGUCCAAAAAGCUCCAGGGGGGCUACGAGUGCAAAUACUGCCCCUACUCCACCCAAAACCUAAAUGAAUUCACAGAGCACGUGGACAUGCAGCAUCCCAACGUGAUCCUGAACCCGCUCUACGUGUGCGCGGAGUGCAACUUCACCACCAAAAAGUACGAUUCCUUGUCCGACCACAAUGCCAAGUUCCACCCUGGGGAGACGAACUUCAAGCUGAAACUGAUAAAGCGCAAUAACCAAACUGUGUUAGAGCAGUCCAUUGAAGGCUCCGGCCAUGGCACAGUCAUCGGCGGCAGCAGCCUGGCGAGCAGCGACAGCGACCCCAGCAUUUCUAUGAGCAAGACACCCAUCAUGAAACUGGGGAAGCCCAAAGCUGACGCCAAGAAGGCGCCCAAGAAACCAGAAGAAAGCGGUUCCGAUAACCACGUGGAAGGGAGUGCCGCCGCCCGGGUGGUGACGGAAGCCGCCGAGGCUUUUGCGAGACUCAACGGCAUUGAGCUGCUCCAGGACUCGCUAGGGCACGUGAUGCCUUCUGUACAGCUACCACCAAAUAUUAACCUUGUCCCCAAGGUCCCUGUCCCAUUGAAUAGUACCAAAUAUAACUGUGCCCUGGACACCAAUGCCACCAUGAUUAACUCCUUCAACAAGUUCCCCUACCCGACCCAAGCAGAGCUGUCCUGGCUGACCGCCGCCUCCAAGCACCCCGAGGAGCACAUCCGAAUCUGGUUCGCCACCCAGCGCUUGAAGCACGGCAUAAGCUGGUCUCCGGAGGAGGUGGAAGAGGCGAGGAAGAAGAUGUUUAAUGGCACGAUCCAGUCGGUCCCCCAGACCAUCACUGUGCUGCCCGCCCAGUUGGCAUCCACAAAGAUGUCCCAGCCCAUCAUCCAGACUGCUCUGCCUUGCCAGAUCCUUGGCCAGACCAGCCUGGUCCUGACCCAAGUGACCAACGGAUCGACGGUUUCCUGCUCCCCCAUCACGCUCGCUGUCGCGGGGGUAACCAAUCACGGCCAGAAGAGACCUUUACCAAAUCUCCAAGCAGCUCCAGAGCCCAAACGGGCCCAUGUGGCCCAGGUUCCUGAGCCCCCACCAAAGGUAACCCCCACCAUAUUGCCCACGACAAACGAUCGGAAAAAGACAAAAGAACAGAUAGCUGAACUGAAAGCAAGUUUCCUCCAGAGUCAGUUCCCUGAUGAUGCAGAAGUCUACCGGCUCAUCGAGGUCACCGGCCUCGCCCGGAGUGAGAUCAAGAAAUGGUUCAGCGAUCACAGAUACAGGAGCCAAAGGGGCAUCGUCCAUAUCACCAGUGAGUCCCUUGCCAAAGACCAGUUGGCCAUCGCGGCCGCCAGACACGGACGUUCCUACCACGCGUAUCCAGACUUUGCCCCGCAAAAAUUCAAAGAAAAAACCCAGGGUCAGCUCAAAGUUCUGGAAGAUAGUUUCAUGAAAAGUUCUUUCCCCACUCAAGGAGAACUGGAUCGUCUCAGAUCAGAAACCAAGCUGAGCAGGAGAGAAAUCGAUACCUGGUUUUCAGAGAGGAGAAAGCUUAGGGACAGCAUGGAGCAAGCCGUCUUAGACUCCAUGGGAUCCAGCAAAAAAGGCAAGGAAGCGGCCAUCCCCAAUGGUACCUUAUCUCGGCUGGACCAGCUCUCCAGUGCCCAGCUGGCCAGCUCUCUCUCCAGCCCCUCCCCAGCGAUGAUGAAAAACCAGGAGCAGAUCCACCUCCUGAAGAGCACGUUUGCAAGAACCCAGUGGCCCACCCCACAGGAGUAUGACCAGCUCGCAGCAAAAACGGGUCUAGUCAGAACUGAAAUUGUGCGCUGGUUUAAAGAGAACAGAUGCUCAUUAAAGACUGGAACCUUAAAGUGGAUCGACCAGUACCAGCAGCAGCACGCUGUGGACAGCCACGGCAAUGAGUCCGUCCUGAGAAAGGGAGCGCCCCACCUCGCGGAAAGCCCAAAGAACGGGGGCGAGAUGGUUCAGCAGUAUUUUAAGGACCACAAAAAGCCGAGUGAAGAGGAUCUGGACAAACUGGUGACCAGGGCAAAAGUGGGUUGCGAAAAGACCAAAGACUCCUUGCCGAGCAAGACAACAGAGGCCGCCUCGGACAGAUCUGAAGAGAAACCAGUCAGACCUACUAUCCCGAUCAUCAGUGGGGCUCCGCCUGUGAAGAGAGCAGAGAAAUUCACUCUUCCUGCCUUUGGACAAGACCGCCAAGGACCGCUAACUCCAAGCUGAGCUGCCCUGGGGUCUGCCUUUCCACGGCCUCCACCCCCGGCAAGCACUCAUCCGAUGGAAUUGUUCAUAGUGCCAAAGUCCUACUACUGCAUUUUCAAAGGGUCCUUGUAAAUAGAUUGCUCCUCCUUCCCCGUCCCACCCACCCUACUCUCACGCCCCCAAUUUCUUGCGAUACUGGAAUUGAUUUGUACAACGUGGCCAUUUUGUUACCUUUUUGAAUCGGCUCGAGUUGCUUUUACAGAUCAUAUGCUUGCAAGGUUUUUGGGGGGGAGGCUGGUAAUGUGUGCUUUUCUUUUUUCUUUUUUUCCCUCUUUUUUUUUUUUCUUGUUUUUGUUUUUAGAAUUAGCAACCACUAUAUCUGCAUCUGGGUUUUGGAGGGAUUCUCAUGAUUUUGUUUCAUUUUUUAAACCUAGUUUGGAAUGGGGGAGAUUUCCGACGGGGUGUGCAGAGAAGUCUCCUUUUAGUUUACCCCAGAGGUAGCUUAUAAUCAGCAGCCUCAGACCCAGACUUAGUCCCCUUUCCUUCCCAGCUGUUUGCAUGGGACUCCCUGCUGUAAGCUCUCCAUAAAAGGCUUUCUGCACUGCUGGGAGCGGGGGCUGAUUGCCUAACUACUGUAUGUCCCUAGCCACGCUCUUGGCCCAGCGAGCAUCCCGAGAGCUGCAUGGCAUGCACCUGUCCUUUUAAAGCACCUUUUUAUAUAAAAGGAGGAGAAGGGCUCCAAUGUUUCUUAGGAUUUUUUUUUCUAAGAUGGAAUUCAUCAUACCUGGAUGGUACCAAGAUCAACUGGAGGAAAAGCUCCAGUGUUUCGUAGGAUUCUUUUUUUCAAAGCUGGAAUUCAUCAAACCUGGAUGGUACCAACAUGAAUUAGAAGAAGGGCUCCAAUGUUUUUUAGGAAUUUUUUUUUUCUAAGAUGGAAUUUAUACCUGGAUGGUACCAAGAUGAACUGUUUGGGAGUCUUGUUUUUUCUUAACUGCCUUUUUGUGGGUGUGAUAAUUGACAAGAUCUCUGCAUAAGCCUUCACUGUUAUUAUUUUUUUUUAAGCAAUUUUAGAUCCCUGAGUGCACUUUUUUCAAAUGCCCCUAACUUGGAAAAAAAAUAAAAUGAAAGAUAUCUCAUGUAAAUGUUGCAGUAUGAAUAGUUGUGUUGGCAAACUUUCCCCCACCCCCCACCCCCUAUUUCAGCACACCGCACAAAUCAGAACGUUUAGGGAGUGUGGAUAAAACCAACUUUUAUAACUUGUUGCUCAUUUGUUGUAACUCAAUAAAACAAAGACUAAACAUUUUUAUAACCUUU